UAAAAUAAAUUUAGUUUUUCCCAUGUCAUGAAUGGUUUGCAUCCACCAAAUUGUGAGCAUAAGCCAUUAUAUGAUUCUCUGGAAAGGCUUCGAGACGUAGGUAUUAUAGAUGCUGUUAAUUUUACUGGAUGUCUACCACAAUGUGGUAUAUGCGAUCAUCCAUUAAGCGAUAAUAACUAUAUAAUGUACAAUAUUAUUGUAAGUGGUAUCAUACUGCCAAUUAUCGGUACGCUCGGACUAAUUGGAAAUGGACUGUCGGCCUUUGUCUACAGUCGCAGAGAAAUGCGGACGUCCACAAAUCUUUAUUUGUGCGCGUUGGGCUGUUCAGAUAGCGCCGUCAUCUUAACGGGAAUAUUUCUAUUUUUUCUUGAUAGUGUGAGAAAAUUUUCACUAAACUUAACGCGAUUAUUUGGUUUGUUUUCGCCUAUUGUAUUUCCUAUGGGUAUGACGGCACAAACGUGUUCAGUAUACUUCACUAUUUUUGCUGGAGCCGAUUGUUUUGCUCAGGUUUGCCUUCCCGACAAAGUAAAGAGGACGAUGGCAGAGACGAAAUUCAUACGAAGUAGCAUAAUAUUUGUGUUCAUAUUCUCUGUUCUAUACAAUAUCCCACACUGCUUCGAAGCCGUUGUAAUCGACUGUUAUCAUGAAGCUCUUGGCGGAUCAUCGUGGGAAGUUUGCCCAGAAACUAUAAGAUAUAAUGAUAUGUACGAGAAUAUUUACUACAAAUAUAUGUAUGCUAUAUUUUUAGCAGUUGGUCCACUUAUAAUACUCGUUAUACUAAAUACUUUCAUUAUUGGAGCUUCAAUAUUUGGUGCAGGUGGAACAAGUGCCGGUGAUACUAUAUCUCUGAUACUUGUCGUCCUUUUGUUCAUAGCGUGUAAUGUGGCUGCCCUACUGUUGAACACAUUUGAAGCAAAGAUUGUGGCAGCGAUAGGUCCAUAUAUAAAUUAUAUUGUCGACUUAUCAAAUCUGCUCGUCGUCUUCAAUUCAAGUUUCAACUUCGUCAUUUACGUCACAUUUUCGCGGAGCUUUCGAGAUACUCUACGAAAAUAUCUCUAUGGUCACGAUCGAAAGGCAGAUUGUGACGGUGCAGCUGCGGUUCCAGAAAAAUCCUCUCGCUCAAUAAUAUGUCGAGAAACAUUGGGACGUCUACUUGCGACCACUCAACCUGAGGUUCUGACAAGCGUACUUCAUCGUGAAGAUUCGCUACAAUCCUGAUAAUCAGGUGAUCAGUAAAGUGUGAUAAUAAUAUUGCUUUGCAAUGAUGUUCAACUAUAGUUUUGAUUACAAUCA